AUGGUAAUGCAGUCCAUUCGUCGUGCAGCCACCCGCGCCAGCUUGACCAGCGCCAUCUCGGCCGCUGCGUCCGCCGCGCCCAAGACGCAGUCCAUCGCCUUUGCCCUGCGCUCCGCCAACGCUGUGAGAUGCUUCUCCGUCGCCGCCCCGAGGGCCUUCUCCCGCUCCAUCGCCUUGUGCGAGGAGGAGCAGCAGCAGUCGCAGCAGUAUGCGUCCGAGGGCGCGAACCGUCCUCCCCCGAGUGAACACUGCAUUUUUGUCCAGAACUACCCCUUCAAGGUCUCCAGAGACGAGAUCGCUGAGGCCUUUGCCAAGUUUGGAGAGGUCGUUGGCGUUUCGCAGCCUCCCAGGAAGACUUUCUGCUUUGUCUACUACAAGGACGCAGCCUCCGUCCAGGAGGCCGUUCGGGAGGUGGACGGCACCUUCUGGCAUGGCCGUCGCAUCGCCGUCAAGGAGACCGAGGCCAAGGCUCCGAACUCUGAGAGACGCUCAAGGCCCGAACGUCGGUCCGUAGACAACAACGUUCCGACGGACACGCUCUACAUCGGAAACCUGUCCUUCGAGGCCACCGACGCGGAGCUGAACGAGCUUUUCGGCGUCUUCCAGAAUGUCAAGGACGUGCGUGUCGCGGUCGACAAGAUGACGGGCUGGCCUCGCGGGUUUGCCCACGCACAGUUCCACUCGGUUGAGGCUGCGCAGGAGGCCAGAGCCGCGAUUGAGGGCAAGGUUCUCCGCGGGCGUGAGGUCAGGGUCAACUUUGCGGUUAGCAAGCAGGAAGAAGACCCCAGAGCCGUCAACAACCGCAGGGCUCGUAACGCGCGGGCCAGGGAGGCCGAGGGCGAUGCUGCUCAGGCCGAGGAGCAGAGGAAGCACCAGACCAACAACUGGGACGCCUAA